UUUAUAUAAACAACAAAAAAAUGGCCGAAGUCGAUGAACUAAAUAAGGAUUUCGAAUGUGCAAUGAAACAGUUCGAACGAGCUCAUCAGCAUUUGAAUUACCGCGAGAAAUCCAUUGCUACCGAGUGGUUAAAAAAAUUGAAAAAAGCCAACAGCUCGAUAGAAGAUUUGAAACUACGUUUAGACUUCAUCGAUUACUUCAUCAAUUGUUCCAAGUGCAGCAUUUUCAGUACAGAACCAUUCAAUAAAGUGCCGCAUCCAAAUGCUCCUCUGCAGAAGUUGCGUAAUAUGCUGCCAACCAGUCAUAAAAUUCGUAGUGUUGACGCAACUUCCGAUGAACAACGUAAACUUUAUGUUGAGGAAAUGUUUGAUAAUAUGGCGGAUAGAGGUGCCUUUCUCUCCGAUCAGCCAGUGCCAUUGGACGGUACAUUCUUCUUGGUGAUUAUAAAUCAAAAAUAAAUAUUCCAAAUCAUAUAUGUUUUAUUUUUUAUUUAUUUACAAAUUUA